AUGUCGUCGACAGUACAACAUUUACAUGGGGGAUCAAUAAUUGAUAAAUAGUCGAAUCGAGCUAAAUCGUCAGCAUAUAAUAUAUUAGAGAUAGAAAAUUAUCAAAUAAUGAAUUGGAAAAAGGAAGAACUAUAAAACCAUAAGGGGGUUCGAAAACUCUGUUGUAUCUGUGUAAGCGGUUUCGAUCAUAUUUGUACUGUCUCUUUAUCUAUUUACGCAGGGUGUCUCGAUAUGGCUCUCCAAAAUCCAAUAAUGAAUUUUGUGGUUGUGGUUAAGAUCAACUUAUGUUAAUGCUAUAUUUUAUGUAUGAUAGAGACUAUAUUUGAGGAAAAGAGAAAUAAAUAGUACACAUAGAAUAUGUGGAGCAGUAAUCGUCCCGUCGACUCAAAGAAGAAGGUGGCUCUCAAAUUAAACAAGAUCCAUCAAAAUGGAUCAAUAAUUAUCUUAUAAAAUGUAUCAUUAACAGAUGGAUCUCCUGUUUAUCAAGCCAUUAUCAAAAUUAAAAUAGUAACUUUUAUUAUCCUUACUAGAAAUAUUUCCUUAGCUGAGGAGAACCAUUAUAGAAUACUGAUUUGUUUCAAGGUUCGCAAUAAUUUUUCAAUAAAUUUUGAUCAUCUGCUUUUGAAACUAUGCAAGAUUGGCAGUGUCUACAUUAUAAGAUUAAAAUGA